AUGAACCCCGGGAGACACACAGGAGCGGUGCGCAGGAGCCUCUUCGGCCCCGUGGAUCAUGAGCAGUUACAGCGGGAGCUCAGUCAGCGGCUCCAGGACAUCACGGAGCAGGACAGCCGCAGGUGGAACUUUGACUUCCAGAGCCACACGCCUCUGCCCGGUCCCUUCCAGUGGGAGGAGGUGUCCUCGGACCUCAGCGCUACUUUCUAUUGUGAGAAGAACAGAGAGGCGCUUAAAGACCAAACUGUGAGCGCCAACAGCGAGGAGACAGAGGAGAGACUGCAGCCGUGUGAGGAGGACAUCCCCGCCAGUGACCAAGAGAACUGUCCCCGCGUCUCCAACAUCCCCAAAUGUCCCGCGGAACUCACGCCAACGCGCAGGAAGAGAGCGCGCUCAAAGUCUGCGGCCAGAGCACCACAGAACGCGCGCAUCACUGAUUUCUUCGUCAAAAGGAGGAGGAGCACAGACACCAAGAGCGUCCUGUGCCCGGUCUUCUCCCAGAGCUCAGACGCGCCUGUCCGGACCAUCAGAUAA